AACUUUAGAGUUCAAAGGCCAAGGGUUAAUUUGAAGAUGGCUGCCUCCCAAGAUGACAUGCUUUCUUUCUGCGUGGACACAACUAAAGUUAGCAGUUGUGUGGAAGUCCGAUUUAUUGACAAGGUUAAGGGCAAAGGAUUAUUUGCCAAGAAGGCCAUCAAGAAAGGAGACACCAUUUUUGUAGAGCGCCCUCUUGUCUCUUCCCAGUUCUUGUGGAAUUCCCAGUACAAAUAUAAAGCUUGUGAAUACUGCUUGAGUGCUCUGGAGACAGCUGAGGUUAAUGCCCGAAGACUGAGUGGCAACCCUGGCCUCAGUCUACCCCACACUGAGCUGUGCAAGGUGCGCCCAGAGCUGCACCAAGCUUGCCCACAAUGCCAGGUGAUGUACUGUAGCAACGAGUGUCGCCAGGCUGCGGCAGACCAGUACCAUCGGGCCCUGUGCUUAGGCCACUCCCAAGAGGACCCGGACCACCCUGUCAACAAACUUAAGGACGCCUGGAGGAGUAUGCACUACCCUCCUGAGACCUCCAGCAUCAUGCUCAUGGCCAGGAUGGUGGCCACUGUCAAACAGGCCCAAGACAAAUGCUGCUGGCAGAAGUUGUUCUUUCAGUUCUGCAGCCGUGCGGCCAACGAAGAGGAGGAAAUUGCACACAAGCUGCUGGGAGAGAAGUUCCAGGGACAUUUGACCUUACUACAAGCCCUGUUUACGACAGCACUUUACGAUGAUCAUCUCGAUAUGUGGUUUACACCUGAGGGAUUUCGCUCCCUCUUCGCCCUUGUAGGGACCAAUGGACAGGGCAUAGGUACCAGCUCUCUCAGCCAAUGGGUUCAUGCAUGUGAUGCGUUGGAGCUGUCUAGCCAGCAGAGGGAGCAAUUGGAUUCCUUCAUUGAUCAACUAUACAAGGACAUCGAGAAAGAGACCGGUGACUUCCUGAACUGCGAGGGUUCUGGGCUCUUCCUACUUCAAAGCUCAUGUAACCACAGCUGCAUACCGAAAGCGGAGGCAUCUUUCCCGAACAACAACUUCUUGCUUCACCUCAGUGCCCUUAGUGACAUCAGCCCUGGAGAGGAGAUCUGCAUCAGUUACUUGGACUGCUGUCAGCGUGACCGUAGCUGUCAUAGCAGACAGAAAAUCCUGAGAGAGAACUACCUGUUCGUCUGCUCGUGUCCAAAAUGUGUCUCUCAGAUGGAUGAGCUGGAUCUGACGUCGUCGGAGGAGGAGGGGGAUGACAUGGAGGAGGAGAUAACGGAUGUCUGAGGGGGAACAAAGACCAGCUCCCUCCCUCCUACUCACCCCCUCCCAGUCCCACUCUCAGCCACGCUAGCUAACUGCAUCUCUGCCCAGUGAAGACCAAUUUCAAAGACGACAUAUCAAACUCCAAGCAUAUCAACUUCAGUUGUGUACCAAAAUAUAAUUUUUCAAGGAAAAAGUCACUCAAUGGCCUGAAGCUUUGGAUCUCCCGGUUGAAAAGCAUUUGGUCACGUGACUCUGCAGUAUCAGCCCUCGUCUCUCACCUCUAGUGUAGCUUCUGCUUAUUGGAAACGUUUACAUUAAAGACAUCCAGAUUAAAUAUAUCACAGUUUAGUACCUCUAGAAUGGUAGAAACCAUUAAAUAGGCAAGAUGUAAUUUAUUCCUUAAUGUUGCUUGCAUCUUUGCCCUCAGAACAGCCUCAAUUCGUUGUGGUAUGGACUCUGCAAUGUAUCAAAGCGUUACACAGGGAUGCUGUCCCAUGUUGACUCCAAUGCUUCACACAAUUGAUUGGCUGGAUGGCCGGAUGUCCUUUGGGUGGUGAACCAUUCUUGAUACCCACGGGAAACUGCAGCAUUGCAGUUCUUGACACAAACCGGUGUGCCUGGCACCUACUACUAAACCCACUGAAUUGCACACAUACACAAUCCAUGUCUAAAUUGUCUCAAGGCUUAAAAAUCCUUUAACCUGUCUCCUCCCCUCAUCUAUACUGAUUGAAGUGGAUUUAACAAGUGACAUCAAUAAGGGAUCAUAGCUUUCACAGGCUGUUCUCAGCAUGACUGUUGUAGUCCAAUCUGUGUCAACUGUGUAAUGCCAUUGCAUCAGCAUGGACCAAAAUCCCUGUGGAACACUUUUGACACCUUGUAGAAUGCCCCUAAGAAUUCAGGCUGUUCUUCAGGAAAAGGAAGGUCCGACCCAGUACUAGAUGUGUGUACCUAAUAAACUGUCCGGUGAGUAUGGCUGUUCUGAGAAGGAUAAUGCACUUGGCCAAUCUAGUAGUGAUAACAUGAAAGUAUGUACAGUGUAGCUGAAGUAACCAGGCCAAAUUAAGUACAUUGAUUUUCAUGUAAUGUGAGAUCUAUCAAGGAACAUUAGAAACAUUCAUUGCAAGACUGAGUUAACCAUCAGCCAGAAUAACCUUGAGCAGUAGAAAGCUAUUGUCUGUUAACUAUUUUCCCGUUUAUUGAGGAGAACUGUUAUUUCCACAUGAGUGAAAUUGCUGCUACUGCCCACUCAUGAAUCAAUAGAACUACAAUGACCGUAAUCUUCAAUGCCAACGUUUUCAAUGUUACCGAACAAAUAUGGCUAACAUCAAAUGACUAACCUCAAUUAUCUCAGUUGGCAUUCAGAGCACUGGUGCAUGAGAACAAAUUGCUUUUGAUGUCACACAAGGACAUGCUGCAGCAUAAGAACAGCAGCAAACACUGUAUGAGAAUCCUAGCAAUUGUAAUUUUUACCACUCUGGCAUAAACCAUUGAGAUUAAAAUGUCUUCUCUUA